CGGCUGAAUAUGGACCUGCGGCUAAAUGUACUGCACGUAAAGCCAAGCGCCCGUAGCAUGAUCUGACCUGUACAAUGUAUGAACUGCCGUUGAUCUUCGCCCUGCAAUCGUAUAUCGGAAAUGCCUAUGUCACGUCGAGCUGCCGAUAUGACGAUAACCGUUGAUUUUUGCCCGCGCCAUUAGCCUCUUGCAGAGGGAUAACAGCAACUCGCGUCGGGAGGAGAGAAAGGGGGGAAAGGGAGGUGUGGUAAUUAUAGAAAUACUAGAUUAGUAUAUAGACGGAGCCCAUAUUCUAGCCCGAAAGUAGAACCUAACUAGAGCCUCGGCGGUAUGCUCGCUCUCGAUGUGGGCGUAAUAGCAGCUAUGUUCGGGCACACAUUAAUACCGCUUCUGACUCUAGCGUUAGGGGUGAACUAUGCGGCGAGUCAAGGGUCGUUCGAGUACGUGGUAGUCGGCUCCGGGCCGGGCGGCGGCCCAUUAGCCGUCGAACUCGCGAAAGCUGGGCAUUCGGUGCUCCUACUGGAGGCUGGGUCCGACCUCUCCGAUGAUCCCCUAUACCAGGACAUCAACAAUUUCGCCGCGGCGAGCAACGAUCCGAGGAGUCGGUGGGACUUCUUCGUGAAGCACUCUGACGAUCCGGAGCGGGAGUUAAAGUAUGAGCGCAUGACCUGGCGCACCACGAAUGGCUCGUUCUACGUCGGGCGCGACCCCCCCGAGGGCGCCGAGCAGCUCGGCAUCUACUACCCACGGGCGGCGACGCUGGGCGGAUGCGGGAGCCACAACGCCGCAGUGUAUAGCCUGCCGAGUGACGAUAACUGGGACUACAUAGCCAAUAUCACGGGCGACCCGUCGUGGGGGGCCUCGGAGAUGCGCAAGAUCUACGAGGAGAUCGAGAACUGCCACUAUCUUAAGAACGGCACCGCCGGCCACGGCUUCACCGGAUGGCUAGACAGCAAUCAGGACGACGGGUCCUGGCUGACCAACGCAACCGACGGGAACGCGCUAUUGCGGGUGCUGGCGGACGCCUCCGGCUCGCUAAACAACACAAACAGCUCGACGGUGACAAAUGACGAGCUCAGGGCGCUCGUCGAGCGCGAUAUCAACGGGCCCGAGGCCGAUCGCGACCAGCUCACGGGCAUCUUCGGGCUCGCGACGCACACGGACGCAACGGGGCAGCGCUUCAGCUCGGCGAACUACAUCAAGGCGGCGCUGCGGGAGGACCCGGGGCUGCCGCUGACGGUGCUCCUCGACGCGUUCCUGACGCGCAUCGAGUUCGACCAGCUGCAGGAGUCGGAGCCGCCGGCGGUCAUGGCGAUCCGCUAUGUGACGGGCGCGAGCGCGUACCGGGCGGACCCGCGCUGGACCGCCGGGCGCAAUCUCACCGAGGGCUUCCACUGGGUCGCGCGGGAGCUCAUCGUCGCCGGCGGCGCCUUCAACACGCCGCAGAUCCUCAAGGUCAGCGGCGUCGGCCCCGCCGACGAGCUGCGCCGCCACAACAUCUCCGUCGUCGCCGACCUGCCCGGCGUCGGCGCUAACCUCGGCGACAACUACGAAGGCAGCGUCGUCUCCCUCGCCGCGAAGCCGCUUCGCGGCUUCGGCAAGCGCUACGUCGUCCAGCUCAAGACGUCCGCGUCGCGGGGGAACCGGGAUAUCUUCCUCUGGCCGCUCAACGCCGCGUUCGAGGGCUUCUGGCCAGGGUACCCGGAGGAAUACGGCCCGCAGACGCUCGGGUUCGCGUUCGUGCACAUGGACCCGGGGAGCGGGUCGCGCGGGACGGUGACGCUGCGGUCGGCGGACCCGUUCGAGCCGCCCGAGAUCAACUUCCGGUUCUUCGGCGGGGAUGAGGACGCGGCGGCGGCGGCGGCGGAUCUGCGGGCAAUGGUGGAGGCCGCGCGGUUCACGCAGCGCGCGCGCGACGCGCUGCCGCCGGGCGCCGGCCUCGCGCCCUUCGCCGAGAUGCACCCUUGCGCGGGCGCGCCCUGCACGGACGAGGCCGUCGCCGAGUACCUCCGCCUGCAGGUCUACUCGCACCACGCGUCGGGGACGUGCGCGAUCGGCGCCGACGACGACCCCGCGGCGGUGCUGGACUCCCGGUUCCGCGUGCGCGGGGUGAGACGGCUACGCGUCGUCGACGCCUCUGCGUUCCCGCGGCCGCCCGGCGCGUUCCCGGUCCUGCCGACGUUCAUGAUCUCCAAGAAGGCCGCGAUGGCGAUCUUGGAGGACAGGGCUUGAAGGAGGGAAGUCGGGGUCCAGCGGUGUUGUAGGGAACCUGAGCACUGGUUCCGGGCAGGAGUAGGGUAGACAGAGGCAGGCUCGGAAUCUCAUCGUGUAGGUGCAAGGGGGCAUUUUUUGACGCGGCUUCGACGACGGUAUGAUGGCGGUGUCCGAAUAUAUAGGUGUCUACCCUAGUCGUGGACGUCGCGCAGAGUGCAACAGUUCAUCAGGUUUCUACCGAAGGGGCGCUCGGGAUGUUCGUGGCCGAGGAGACAAGAAGCUACGGCGGUGUUGACUUAAUACAGGAGAAACUGCUCUGUUCGGUAACAGCAGGCAAGCUCGACCGUAGAACUGAAGGUGAGUAAAACCAAGGGCAAUCCCAUCUUUGCCCUCGCAGAUCCAUCAUCAUUUUGACAGAGGAAACAUUUUGCUUCGCGUUGGCUCUACGUAUAAUUCGAUUGCAUCGAAGGACCAUCUAUCUCUCUCCGUACCAUAUCGAAUUAGCACGCGGAUACCCGAGUCGGCAGAUCGAUGAAGAGACAUCACAUUGCACUCUGUUACGGAAACGCAACCUCUCGUUAAGAUGGCCGACCAGCUUUGCGAUGAAUUUGACGACUGCCAAAUUGGCCUCCCGAGAGACACCGCCCGCGAAUGCACCACAGGCUUCCUCAUCAUCUUCAUCAUCGUAGCGUACCG